AUGGAGCCAUGGAACCCAAGACCGGAUGGAAUCAUGGAACCCAACACCAGAGCGUCCCCAAAGCUCAUGACCACAGGGGAAACCAGACAGACAGUACCCGGAGUCCUCAGUCCUGUAGAGCAGACGGUCUUCAGCUCGGAUGAUGCUGCCUCGCUCUCCUCCUCCUCCUCCCCCCUCUCCCUGAUUGGCUCAGCCCGUGGUCCUUCCUCGUAG